UCAUUUUAUUUCAAUUUCAACUUAAUUCAUUCAUUCAUUCAUCUUCUUCUUUCCCGUCAAUCUCUCUCUCUCUACACUGUCUCUGUCCUGCGAGUAUCUCUCUUUCUCUUGAAUUUGACGGCUCCGCUAAAUUAACCGCUAAAUAAUCAAUCUCACAAUUUUCCAUUUCUCUAUCUUCUCCACUCUCUAACAACGUUCUUCCAAAUUCACUUUCUCUCUGCAACAACAACCGCUACCGUUACGAAUUAUUAGAUCUGAAGCAGAUCCAAAUGGAGGAAGCGUUGGAACUUGCACGCGCCAAAGACACUAAAGAAAGGAUGGCCGGUGUAGAGCGUCUUUACCAACUUCUAGAAGCUUCUAGAAAAAGCCUUACAUCUUCCGAAGUUACUUCGCUCGUCGAUUCCUGCAUCGAUCUCUUGAAGGAUAAUAACUUCCGUGUUUCUCAGGGCGCACUUCAGUCUCUCGCCUCCGCCGCUGUUCUCUCCGGUGAACACUUUAAGCUACACUUUAACGCUCUUCUUCCCGCCGUCGUUGAUCGACUUGGUGAUGCUAAACAGCCUGUCCGUGAUGCCGCACGCCGACUCCUUCUCACACUCAUGGAGGUUUCUUCUCCUACAAUAAUUGUUGAAAGAGCAGGAUCUUCUGCUUGGGCACACAAGAGCUGGAGAGUCAGAGAGGAGUUUACGCGAACUGUGACAUCUGCAAUUAAUCUAUUUUCAGCUACUGAACUUCCACUUCAACGGGCUAUCCUUCCUCCUGUUUUGCAGUUGCUGAGUGACCCAAAUCUUGCUGUUAGGGAGGCGGCUAUUUUGUGCAUUGAGGAGAUGUAUACACAAGCUGGGCCUCAGUUUCGCGAUGAACUUCACCGCCACAAUCUUCCUUCAUCAUUGGUGAAAGAUAUUAAUGCCAGGCUAGAGGGGAUUCAACCAAAAGUUCGCUCUUCAGAUGGUAUUCCAAGUGGUUAUAUUACUGGGGAAAUUAAGCCUUUGGGUGUUAAUCCCAAGAAAAGUAGUCCAAGGGCCAAAAGUUCUUCAAGAGAGGCCUCUCUUUUUGGAGCAGAAGGUGAUGUCACCGAGAAACCCAUAGAACCUAUCAAGGUAUACUCAGAUAAGGAGUUAAUCAGGGAAAUUGAGAAGAUUGCAUCUACCCUUGUGCCUGAAAAAGACUGGUCCAUUCGUAUUGGUGCUAUGCAGAGAAUUGAAGGUCUUGUUCUAGGAGGUGCUGCUGAUUAUCCUUGUUUUCGUGGGCUUCUGAAGCAACUUGGUGGACCUUUAAGUACACAAUUGUCAGACAGAAGAUCUAGCAUUGUAAAGCAGGCUUGUCAUUUACUGUGCUUUUUGUCAAAGGAUCUCUUGGGUGAUUUUGAAGCAUAUGCUGAAAUGUUUAUACCAGUCCUUUUCAAGCUGGUUGUGAUUACUGUGCUUGUAAUUGCAGAGUCUGCAGAUAACUGCAUAAAAACGAUGCUGCGUAACUGCAAAGUUGCUCGUGUGCUUCCCCGUAUAGCUGAUUGUGCUAAAAAUGAUCGCAAUGCAGUUCUUCGUGCAAGGUGUUGUGAAUAUGCUCUUUUGGUCCUAGAACAUUGGCCGGAUGCACCUGAAAUACAUCGUUCAGCUGAUUUAUACGAGGAUAUGAUAAAGUGUUGUGUUUCGGAUGCUAUGAGUGAGGUACGAUCUACUGCAAGGAUGUGCUACAGAAUGUUUGCAAAAACUUGGCCAGAGCGUUCUCGUCGUCUAUUUUCAUCCUUUGACCCUGUUAUUCAACGGUUAAUAAAUGAAGAGGAUGGAGGAAUACACAGGCGACAUGCUUCGCCUUCCAUUCGUGAUAGAGGUGCAUCGAUGUCAUUACCCAGUCAAGCAUCUGUUUCUUCUAAUCCACCUGGUUAUGGAACAUCUGCAAUUGUUGCAAUGGAUAGAAGUUCAAGUUUAUCAUCAGGGACAUCUGUGUCCUCUGGUGUACUUCUUUCACAGGCAAAGUCACAUGGUAAGGGUACAGAACGAAGUUUGGAAAGUGUGUUGCAUGCAAGCAAACAGAAGGUCACUGCUAUUGAAAGCAUGCUUAGAGGCUUGGCUUUGUCUGAUAAGCAUAAUCCAUCUUCUCUCCGAUCAUCAAGUUUGGAUCUAGAAGUUGACCCUCCAUCAUCUCGUGAUCCCCCAUACCCCGCUGCUGUAUCUGCAUCAAAUCAUAUGACAAGCUCUUUAUCAACAGAACCUAUUGCUUAUGGUGUCUAUAAAGGUAGUAACCGAAAUGGUGGUCUUGGUUUGUCCGACAUAAUCACUCAAAUUCAAGCUUCCAAAGAUUCUGCCAAGUCAUCAUAUCAUAGUAAUGUUGAAAUUGAGUCUUUAUCAUCACUAUCCUCAUAUUCAACUAGAAGGCCUUCUGAAAGAUUACAAGAAAGAAGUUCUGCUGAUGACAUUAGUGACAUUAAGGAGGCUAGGCGAUUUAUGAACCACAACAAUGACAAGCAGUAUUUGGAUGCCCCUUAUAGAGAUGGAAACUAUAGAGAAUCACAUAAUAGUUAUGUGCCAAAUUUUCAGAGGCCACUGCUAAGAAAGAAUGUAGCUGGACGUACGUCUGCUGGCAGGAGGAGGAGUUUUGAUGAUAACCAGUUAUCUCUUGGAGAAAUGUCAAGUUAUGCUGAUGGACCAGCAUCUCUUCAUGAAGCUUUGAGUGAAGGACUUAGUUCAGGUUCUGAUUGGUCUGCUAGGGUUGCAGCAUUUAACUAUCUUCACUCGUUGUUGCAGCAAGGUCCAAAGGGAACUCUGGAAGUUGUUCAGAAUUUUGAGAAGGUAAUGAAGUUGUUUUUCCAGCACUUGGAUGAUCCUCACCAUAAAGUUGCGCAGGCUGCUCUUUCAACACUAGCAGAUAUUGUUCCAACAUGUCGAAAGCCUUUCGAGGGUUACAUGGAAAGAAUAUUACCACAUGUGUUUUCUCGGUUAAUUGACCCUAAAGAGGUUGUUAGGCAGCCAUGUUCAACAACAUUGGAAGUUGUUAGCAAAAAUUACAGUAUAGAUUCUCUCUUACCUGCACUGUUACGUUCACUAGAUGAACAAAGGUCUCCAAAGGCCAAAUUGGCCGUGAUUGAAUUCGCAAUCAGUUCCUUUAACAAACAUGCAAUGAAUGCAGAAGGUGCUGCUAAUAUUGGCAUACUGAAAUUGUGGCUUGCUAAGUUAACCCCUUUGGUUCAUGACAAAAAUACAAAGCUUAAAGAAGCAGCUAUUACUUGCAUUAUAUCAGUGUACACUCACUUUGAUUCAAUUGCAGUUCUUAAUUUCAUUCUUAGUUUGUCAGUUGAAGAACAAAAUUCUUUGAGACGAGCCCUUAAACAGUACACCCCUCGCAUUGAAGUAGACCUAAUAAACUAUCUGCAGAACAAGAGAGAACGACAGCGUUCUAAGUCUUCCUAUGAUCCAUCUGAUGUUGUAGGAACAUCAUCAGAAGAUGGGUAUGUUGGUUUCUCUAGGAAAGCUCAUUACCUUGGAAGAUAUUCGGUUGGUUCCCUAGAUAGCGACGGUGGCAGGAAGUGGAGCUCCCAGGAUUCAACUCUUUUGAAAGCCAGUCUGGGUCCAGCGGCUUCUGUUGAAACCGAGGAUCAUAAUCAGAAUCUUGAGACUGAUUCCAAUGUCGACAGUCUUGGUUCAAAACUCAAAGAUCUUGCAUGUUCAGUCAAUUCAAUGGGUCAAAAUUUUGGCUCUCAGUCUAGCCAACUUGCACAUAUGGACAGUAGCAUGAAUUUCGAGGGUCUUUCAACUCCUCAACUAGAUGUUAAUGGUCUGAUAUCAUUAGAGCGUUUAAAUGUUGGUGAAAACUAUGCACAUGACAAAGAACAUCCUUCUGAAUUGGAACUUAAUCAUCACUCAACUGAAGCUGACAAGAUUAACUCCAUGACAGACACUGGGCCUAGCAUUCCUCAAAUUCUUCAUAUGAUAUGCAAUGCUAAUGAUGGAAGCCCUGUUUCAAGUAAACAGACUGCACUUCAACAGUUAGUUGAAGCUUCUACAACAAAUGACCAUUCUGUUUGGACCAAGUACUUCAAUCAGAUUUUGACAGUUGUGCUUGAGGUGCUGGAUGAUUCGGAUUCCUCAGUCAGAGAGUUUGCUCUUACAUUGAUAGUUGAAAUGCUCAAAAACCAGAAAGAUGCCCUGGAGAAUUCAGUUGAGAUUGUAAUUGAGAAGCUGCUUCAAGUUACAAAAGAUAUCAUUCCUAAGGUUUCAAAUGAAGCAGAGCACUGCCUGACCAUUGUUUUAUCUCAGUAUGAUCCACUCAGAUGUUUAAGUGUUAUUGUCCCUCUACUGGUUACUGAGGAUGAGAAAACGCUUGUCACUUGCAUUAAUUGCUUAACAAAGCUUGUGGGCAGGCUCUCUCAGGAGGAACUGAUGGCUCAGUUACCGUCUUUUCUGCCUGCUCUUUUUGAAGCUUUUGGAAACCAGAGUGCAGAUGUUCGCAAGACUGUUGUUUUCUGUCUGGUGGACAUUUAUAUCAUGCUUGGGAAAGCAUUCUUGCCGUAUUUGCAAGGUCUUAACAGCACACAGUUGAAGCUGGUCACCAUUUAUGCGAAUCGAAUCUCACAAGCGAGGACAGGGAAAGCAAUUGAUGCCAUUCAUGAUUAGCAGGUUAACUGUGAACAAAAUUUGUGCAUUUUGGGUGUUGUCUUCUUCAUUGCUGUGUAUUUUGUAUAUUUGCGUGCAAGAGUUUUAGAAGUGGGUUUCAAUCGUCUUUCCUUCCUCACCUUUGUUCUAUAUAUAGUUUUUUUAUUUAUUUUUUCUUCCCUUUUUCCCUACCAAUGUUGGAUUUUCUUUUUGAUAGAAUGUUUGUUGGAAUUUGGGGAGUGCUGGUGGUGGAAUACAGUGCGCAAAUUGUAAUCUACAUUGAGAAAACAUUAUUGAUUGUAUUAUUAAAUGGUUUUCAAGAAAGCCUCAUUGGUUCAGUUA